AUGUCGCCACCAACCGGUACUGGUGAUGAGCAAAGCUCGACGCCUACCGCUAUCGACUCCUCCCAAGAUACAGCGCACCAGACUGCUGCCUCGCCUGCGCGCGCUCCGAACCCUGCAACGGCGACCGCUCCAGUCUCGCAAAACGGCGAAUCUUUACCCCCUGCACCCAGCACCGAGGCGGCAGCUCACUUGGCUGCAGCGAGGGAUCAGGCAGCGCGGGAACGGGAAAGAAGAGCAAAGGAGCUGCUCAGCGAUAACAGCGACACGGAGUCUGGAAUGUCCAGACCUCCAUCCCCGGAUCGUGGAAUGUACCCAAAGAGGAGAUUAGGUGGAUUGCAGAGCAAAGACAACGUCGUUGUCAGACACGACUCGACGGAGACGGAUGGUCUGAAGCUUGUUCGAGAAAGCUCUCCCUUCAACAGAAGACAAGUGUCGGAAAGCGAGCGUGGGCCCGCAGACUUGCCUCAAGUGGCGACGCCCACUCAAGCUUCUGUCGGUAACAACGGUAUCAAGUCGCCACCGACCAAUCCAAGUGUCAGAGCGUCAAGUCCACCUCCGAGAGCCAUGUCGCCACCGAUGAAGGCGGUCGCUCAGACAAAGAUCAAUGGCCGAAAUGACACUCUGCGGGAUGUGCCACACGAGGGCAAGCUGCCUCCUCCUGUCCCCAUUCCUUCGGACAGCAGUGCCGUCCCCAAAGCCAAUGCCGCACAGUCGGCAAACGGCGCUACUAGCAGCAGCGCGUCCGCAGCUGGUAGUCCCCCUCUGCAGGCCGCGUCCGGCCAAGCAGGUGCGGCUGUCACGACAGCGUCGUCACCAACGGAAAAGCCAAAAGAUCAUCGCGGCAUGCUCAGACGCAUGUUGUCCGGUAGCGGCGGUGGCGAUCACGCUUCCAGACCGGAGGGCAAACGCGCAGAAUCGUCUCGCAGUGGCACACCUCCAGGCAGUCCGCGAGGUGAACAGCCUGAUAGCCUGAUGCACGCUGUUCAAGGCAUGAACCUCGCGCCUGGAGGUGCCAAUGGCGCACCGAAGAGCCCAGGUAGCAGCGCUCCACCAAGCCGAAACACGAGCGUCAAGAGCUCGUCUAAAGCUGCUCAUACCGCUUCCAAAGAUGCAGCGGCUGCUAAUUCAGCUGGACCAGGUGCUGCUCCACCGACGCCCGGAGCGCCGGGCGGCUCGCGCUUGACAGCCGCCGCGCUCCGGGAUUGGGAAGCGAAAGAUACGGGAAAGUCGAAGAAGCAGUCCAAGCCGGACGACGCAAAGUCGUCGGCGUCAUCGACUUUGAGGGACGUCAUUCUGGGCGGCGCGCCCCUGCUCUCGCGCAGAGGUAGCAAUACCAGCGCUGGUGGAAGAAGCGAAGGAGGAAGCAAAAAGGGGAGCGAAAGCGGAAAGGAGACGACUAGCUUGCUCAAAAAGUAUGGCGUGUGCGAAAAAGCGGCCAUCGGAAAGGGCGCCACUGCCGUCGUGCGACUGGCCCACAAGUGGGACAGGUCGACGGAAAAGCUGUAUGCAGUCAAGGUAAGCACUUGCUUGGUUAUUCUUUCGCGCCAUCAUUCUCCCGCAAGGCUAGGCUGACUUCAAGCUUGCGACGGCGACGCCACCGUCUUUCCAUGACAGGAAUUUCGGAAACGCCGCAAGAACGAGACGGAAAAGGAGUACGUCAAGAAGUUGACCUCUGAGUUUUGCAUCAGCUCCACCUUGCAUCACAUCAACAUCGUCGAGACGGUCGACCUGGUGCAAGAUGAGAAUCGACACUGGUGCGAGGUGAUGGAGUACUGUCCGGGUGGUGACUUGUACGCAGCGAUCAAGCGAGGGGGCAUGAGCCAAACAGAAGUGGAGUGCUGCUUCAAGCAGAUUAUCCACGGCAUUGCCUAUCUGCACAGCAUGGGUGUUGCGCACCGCGACAUCAAGCCGGAGAACUUGUUGUUGGAUGCCAGUGGCCACGUCAAGAUUACCGACUUUGGCGUGUCGGACGUGUUCAGAAUGUGUUGGGAGAAGAGCACGCACUACUCCAAAGGAUUGUGCGGGUCGGAACCUUAUAUCGCGCCGGAGCAAUUCGAGCACAAGGAGUACGAUGCCAGGUUGGUGGAUGUUUGGGCAGCAGCCGUCGUCUUCUACUGCAUGCAAUUCCAAGAGUUGCCGUGGAGGGUGGCGAAAAUGUCCGACCCGACCUUCAAGGAUUUCGUGCACGGAUACCACGGCUCUUCGGCACCUGCGCCGCUCUCCAACUUGUCCCCAAGAGAGUGCAGACCUCUGCUCAAGAAGAUGCUUUGUCCUGAUCCGAAGGGACGUUUGUUCACAGAAGACAUCCUCAAGGACCCUUGGUUCGUCUCUGUGCAGCUCUGCGAAAACGGCACGGCUGCGGAUGGACACAAGCACACCAUUCCUGCCGCUGGUCAACGCGAAAGAGAUUCUUAG